CAGCUUUUUAUAAUACCGAGGUGGAGUAGCUGUUUUAUUUACUUUUUUCUACAAUCAGGACUGAAGUGUUAUGUGGAAGAGUAAGAGCCGAAAGUUUCGGUGAAAAAUAACCACCAUGGUAUCCCCAUCGGUUUGCAAUCCUAUUUCCUACAUUGCAAACAGGCAGAUAGACGAUCAUGUCAAUUCAACCAAGGGACUUGUCAACGCCAGGCUCAGCUAUUCCGAAAAUUUAUUUAGGAAAGAUCUUCAGUCACAUUAUGGUUGCGUUAAUGCCAUCGAGUUUUCUAAAGAAGGGGAGUUACUUGUAUCCGGUGGCGAUGAUAGAAGAGUUUUAUUAUGGAAGGUUGAACAGGCAAUACAAGGUGUUGGCAAACCGGCAGUUAUGAGAGCCCAACAUGUCAGCAAUAUUUUCUGUCUUGGUUACGACAGUACCAAAUCAAAAAUAUUUUCAGCUGGAAAUGACGAUCAAGUUAUUGUCCAUGACUUAAAAACCGGAGAUCCCCUAAACUAUUUUCUGCAUGAAAAGCCAGUCUACGGUUUAUCGAUUCAUCCACACAAUGACAAUGUUUUCUCAAGCGCCUGUGAUGACGGGAGGGUUUUGAUAUACGAUAUCAGAGAUUCUUCUUCUACAGAGUCAUUUUGCCUGGCUCAAUACAAAUCAGCUUUUCACUCCGUUAUGUUCAAUCCCGCCGAGCCACGAUUGCUUGCAACAGCGAAUGCCAAGGAGGGUGUCAGCAUGUGGGAUGUUCGUAAGCCACUCGAAGCGGUGUUGAGAUAUGGCGCCGAGGGUACAUCGCAAAGCUGUAUGAACGUCAGAUACAACGCAGCUGGUACAAAAUUGCUGGCUCUGAGAAGAAGACUCCCUCCAGUUUUAUAUGCCGUUGAUUCUCAGACCCAUCUUUGUCAAUUUGAUCAUCCUGGCUACUACAACAGUUGUACAAUGAAGUCUUGUUGUUUUGCCGGUGAUGAUGACCAAUAUGUUCUCUCAGGAUCUGAUGACUUCAAUCUAUACAUGUGGAAAAUCCCAACAAAUAAUGAAAAAUGGGUGGACUCUGCGCAUAUGGUUCUGCAUGGACAUAGAUCUAUCGUAAAUCAAGUACGAUUCAAUCAAUCGAGUUGUAUCCUUGCCUCAUCGGGUGUCGAGAAAAUCAUCAAAAUUUGGAGUCCGUUUCCGCUGGGUAACGGAUGCCUUGGUGGUUUGAAGAAAGAAGCUGGCAAGCAGGAAAGACAGCGUAGGGUUUUCACACACGAUGAAUACAUCGGCCUGGUAUUAAGGAGUGGCCAGUACAUGACGCAUGAUUACAGUCAUCAAUCGACUCGUGAAGAUCCUCGCAUGAUGGCGUUCUUUGAUUCUCUUGUACAAAGGGAAAUUGAGGGAUGGAGUUCGGAAGAUGCGCCUCUUGGGCCACAAACUCCGAGUGACUCUGAAAAUAAUCCAACGAUAGGACGCACAUAUAAUGCUAGUGAUUCGGACGACUCCACUGCCUCGAACCGUCAGCUUAUGCUCAGCAUUAUGGGAUCAGCGGUUAGUUCUCGUAGUUCGACAGGAGGCGGAGUUACACCUGAAAGACCUUCGGAAUCACCAAAUCGUAUCGCGCAGUUGAUAGCAAACCGGAGAGAAAAGCUCAUGAGACUAGCAGCUCUGGAAGGUGGUGCAACGGUAAAUACAUCUAUUAACGCAGUUAGCCGCGUGGAGCCGGUUGCUGAAGACGUGAAAGAGGAUAUCAGAUCAAAGUGUAAAUCCAAGAGUCGAUCGAAAAGCGCUAAAAUAAAGCAUAGUCGAAUUACUCGAAAAAAGUGUAGAAUCCGUCGAAAAUUGGUGAUAAAAAAAGAUGAUAGCGAUACUUAUAGCGACACACAAUCCCUGGAUACCACUCAGCCUAGCACAAGUUCAGGCGUUGUUUCACGUAGAUCGAGAUACUCGGCUACAUCAAUUGGAAAUGAUGAUCAUUCUAGUAGUAGCAGCGAAGAUGAAGGAUUCACAGAAAAGCGUAAAAACUGCAAAGAUGACUCGGAUAGUUCCAUCAAAGUUCCAAAAUUGAAAAAGGUACGGAAAAAUAAUACAAAGCAUGAAUACGAAGAAAAUCGCAGUAAACAAUUGAAGGUUGAUAACGAAACGACGAAAGGUGUGGUUCCUAAUCUCCGAAAAGACUUAGUGAAUAAUUCAAUUGCGGGAAAGAGGCGAAUCGAAGAAUUGGGAACACCCAUAAAAAUAAUACCUAAAGUACCGCCGACUCCAGAUAGUGGGAUCUCUGGUGUGUCAACGGUUGAAAAAUCGUUAGAAGAAAUUGGGAAAGCUUGGAUAGGGGGUGAUAGUUCCGAUCAUGAACAAAAACAGAUAAACUUGGAACGUUUUAGAAAAAAAGUUGACAUUGCUAGGCGAGGUUAUCGACACCGUUCUACCCCCUUGACAAAACUUCCUUCCAGUACCAGCGAUUCGUCUGAUUAAAAUUGUUCUCCUAAUUCAUCUCGUCGCAGCUAUUCCUUAUUGUAUGUAUAUAUUGAAUCUGUGAUUCCCUAAAAUAUAUUUUUAUAAUAUUAAGUUUGAUGGCUCGUGAUUAGUGAGCACGAUGAUUUUCUUUUUUUACCAUUCGCGAUUGAUAUGAACCGGUUUAUUAGCUGUGCCGAUAUUGUUUUACACAUAAUUAGAAAAACAAUUAAUAAUAACGGGUUCAUUUAUCAGGGCCAUUAUUUAUCGAUUUUAUAUAGAUUCCUUUUGGUACGAGAUAUUCAUGUAUAAUCGUGGUCCGUUAACCAAUGAAUUCAAACCUCACGGGUAAAAAUGUUUGAAUAAUAAAAAUAAAUCGUGAUUAUCAAAGUUGAA